CUUUUUUUAAGUUAGUUAGAUAUAAUUAAAUAAUUAUGUUACUUAGGAAAGUGUUGAGUAUACUAUGCUUUCUUACUUCAGUAAGUUUUAUGGUAGAGCUGGAUGCUUUGAAGGCAGGAGACGAAGGAGUGUGUGUUGUAAAGCUAAGUUCUCCGCGGACGAGAGUGAGGUAUUUUACGGCCUACGGAAAAUGUAAUAAAAAGAAAUGUAUCGUCAAAAAAAGUAAAAAAGAGAAAUACUUCGUCGUAACAAACCAGACCGUAUGCUGCAAGGGCUGGGAGUACUCGAGUGCUGACGAGAAGUGUUCCCCGCACUGCAGCACAGGGUGCUCCGGGGGCCGCUGCGUGGCGCCCGACACCUGCCAGUGCGAGCCCCCGGCCCAGCUCGACCCCGAGCACGGCAACACCUGCAUCACCCUGUGUAAUCCUGCCUGCCACCCGCCCGCCGUCUGUAGAAACAACUCCUGUAUAUGCGAUCCUGGACGCACCUACAACUCCACACACUGCAUCCCGCUCUGCCAGCCCGGAUUCAGCAAUAACCCCGUCUCUCUCGCCUGCGAGCCAACCUGUGAUCCUCCUUGCGUCAACGGCAACUGCACAGCACCCAACACUUGCAGUUGCCCAGAAGGAUACCAGUUGAAAGAAGACGGAGUCACCUGCAAGCCGACAUGUGAGCGGUGUGUGGGCCGCAACUGUGCGGACGCUUGUACUUGCAAGGACGGUUAUGUUAAACAUGAUGGCGCGUGCGUUCCCAGCUGUGCGUCUUGUGAACAUGGACGUUGUGUGUCUCCGGAUACUUGUGAAUGUGAUGCUGGGUUUACGUGGAGCGGUGGUAUUUGUGCGCCAGUGUGUGAGGGCGGGUGUGUGAACGCGGAUUGCUCGGCUCCAGGUGUGUGCUCGUGCUGGGAGGGGUUCCAGAGGAAUGAGUCUCGGCCGCGGGAGUGCUACAAGCCGUGUGCGGACUGCGCCGGCUGCACCAGCCGGGGCGAGUGCGUGCAGGACCAGGCCUGCCAGAUAAAUGAUGAUGAGGUCUACAAGAGCGACGCCAAGACCGACGCUCGGGAUCGUAUCUGGCGAGGCAAUGCAGCCAGCAUUAUGGGAACCUUUGUGCCAGACGCCUGUGGUGAUCUUGUAAAGAUGCGUUCUAAUAUUUUGUUGUUGUGUGUAUACUUGCUGUUUGAACUUGUCGCCUGCAAAAGAGGCUUCGAAAUCGGGGCUCCAGGGGUGUGCCAGUUUACAUCUAGGAUACGGAGCAGACUGAAAAACAGCAACAAGGAUACGGAGAGUGCUCGCACUCGGAUCGCGUGCUGCGCGGGGUGGCGCUACGACGCGGCCAGCGCCUCCUGCCAGCCGCAGUGCCGCUUCGGCUGCUCCGGCGGGCGCUGCGUGGCCCCCGACACGUGCCACUGCGCGCCGCCGCUGCGCCUGCGCGCCGGCGCCUGCGAGCCGCCCGCCUGCCGCCAGCCCUGCGUGCACGCCACCUGCACCGACACCGACACCUGCUCCUGCCACCCCGAUCACACGCCGUACAACGCCACCCACUGCGCGCCCCUAUGCCCCGACGGACACUACAACGACCCCACCACCCUCAGCUGCCUCCCGAUCUGCGACGAGCGCUGCGUCAACGCCCGAUGCUCUGCACCCAACACUUGCACCUGCCUUCCUGGCUACACAUUCAAGGAUAACAACACUUGCGUCCCCGAAUGCAAGCAGCCGUGUGAAAAUGCCGAUUGUGUAGCCCCAGAUACGUGCCUGUGCCGUCAGGGCUAUGUUAACGAAACCGACUGGAAAUGCACACCACAGUGUCAAAGCUGUGCGAAUGGCGACUGCGUGGCACCAAACUCUUGCAGAUGCCAUGAAGGGUAUACGAGGGUAGAUAAUGUCUGUCAACCAGUAUGCGAUCGAAACUGCACCAAUGGAGCUUGCUCAGCGCCAAACUUCUGUACUUGUAACGACGGCUUCACGCUGGACCCGAGCGAUAAUUUAUCUUGUGUUCCGCAGUGCGAGCCCGCGUGUGUCAAUGCGACGUGCUCUGCACCAAACUCAUGCUCCUGCCUCUCUGGUUAUCACAAAACAGAAAGUCAUUGGAGUUGUGAACCACAUUGCGACGGCUGCAAUAACGGAGACUGCACGGCUCCGAACACUUGUCAAUGCCACACAGGAUAUUCAAAGGGCGUAGAUGGAAAAUGCGUACCGGAGUGCGACGCAGAUUGCAGUAAUGGCUACUGUUCGGAACCAAACCUUUGCACUUGCCACCUGGGGUACGAGAAGAGGAGCAGUGAUCCGUUUCAAUGUCACCCUAUCUGCUAUCCAUCGUGUGUGAAUGCCACGUGCGUGGCACCCAAUACUUGCACCUGUUUCGAUGGCCAUGAACCUACUGACAACAGUUCCAUCUGCAAACCAAAAUGUGCUUCUUGUAAUAAUGGCCAAUGUGUAGGCCCAGAUGAAUGCUCAUGCAACAAAGGAUACACGCUUAUUGACGGAACCUGCACUCCAGUUUGUGAGGAUAAAUGUAUCAAUGGAAUAUGCUCUGCCCCUGGCAUUUGUUCAUGUCUUCCAGGGUACUCAAAGAAUGAGACAAAUGACAACGAGUGCUACCGUCCAUGCAAGUCCUGUGAGAUGGGGACGUGCACCACUGGCGGUGUUUGUAUUUGCAACACCGGAUUCUUCUUUGAGAAUGACACCUGCGUGUCCGUGACCCCCAUCGAGUGCAGCAGUUGCGCGGGCAACUGCUCGGGCAGCCCGUGCUGGUGCCCCGACGGCCGGCCCUGCUACAGCCUGGCCGAGUCGAGAGAGAUGUCCACUUCUCCUCGGGACAUAGCGACCAUCACGUGGGUGUUUGGCGCGACGCUGGGCGUGCUGAUGGUGAGCCUGGUCUGCGUCAUACACUGGAUGUGGCGCCGCCAGAAACGGAACGAGAAGCCCAGUAAUAACGGUGAUCUCUACAACAGUGUGAUCUACACUGUACCAGACACGCUCAUGAAGAGAAACUUGUAUGGUGAAACUGACAUUUCCGCCAAGAUGGCCGAGGAAGAGGACCAAAGGUCUGUCGAGGAUGUGACUGAGGAGCAGUGGCCGAGCGAACGACUCUUGACGAGUAUAGAGGCACAAAAUAACAUAGCGUAAUGAAUAAGUUAUCUUGUAUUGUAAUGCUAUUUUAGUGUAAUAUUUAUAAUAAAUAUUGAAACACAACUGAA